AUCUAUAUAGCAAUCCUGGACUUCACAGACAUAAGGCUUCACGGAAUAAAUGAGGACGUUCCAUUCUUCAUUCCCUUUUCUCUUGGUCAAAUAUCUAAAAAAUGGCACCUCUAACUGCAACUCAAGCUCGAGAGGAUACCCGAGUGGUGGAGAAAAUUAGGGUCGUCGUACAUACUGGACACGCUCUGGACCAGUCGGAUAAUCACUGGUCAAUAUACCUCCUUCUUCAGGAUGAGGGCUCUGUGCGAGUCAAUAUGGCGACAGAGUACGAGGAGAUAGAGGGACGACUUGAAUGGUCCAAUUUACAAUAUCUGCUCACAAAUUCAGCCUUGCAUUACUGGGAUUAUCCAGCUGUCCAACCCAUCCAAGUUCUACAUGUGGCUAGAUCUAUUUACGAUCGUAAUCGCCAUCGAUAUUGCUUCUCCGGCGGAGGAUCUGGCUGCCGAUUCUGGGUUCGUGUUGUUAUAUAUGAUCUUGAAGACCAAGGAUAUAUUGGUUCAGGAACUUCCAAUAACCUCUGGGGAUUUCUUCAGUAUCUUUAUCGCCCUGGGAAAGAUCCUCUGCAGAUAAAUUGGGUUGAAGGUGAAUUCUAUUAGCUAGGUACCUAUUAGGGAGAGAUGCAGUCUAGGUUUGCGCCCGUCGGGCUUUUUAUAUUGCAAACACAAGCGGAGAUCAGCAUUUAGGGACUCUGAGCUUUGCUUUUUCAUUUCAACAUGCAAAGUUUUAAGAAAUUUGCUUUACAUCUCUUGCUAUCUGCCUCCUAGACUCUAGUAAGUUACCGUAUCCUAAAGAGUCCCUUGUUGGUAAUAAGAAAAUCAGUCGGAUUAUAUUUUAUCCAUGUCACAUGACUAAGUAUGCCACCUCACUCGCCUAACUGGUCGGUCGACCUUGCAAGUUUCCCUAUG